AUGGGGUUAGCUUGGACGGCGACGGGAGGUGCGGUAAUAUUUGUGGAGGCAGGUGGAAGGAGUGCAGCUGAAGAAGGAAAGAGCAACUCGCGAAAAGGAGACAUGAGAUCGAAUUUGGGCAGCCUGAAGGUGACAGGUCAGCUUGGGGGAGUGAUGAGUGAAAGCUGCGAAGUUGCGUUGAGUUUUGCUCGGUCCUUUUUAAACAAAAAAGACAAAGAAAAUUCCUUCUUAGAGCAGCACGCACUCCAUGUCCAUGUACCCGAAGGAGCAACGCCUAAAGACGGUCCCUCCGCUGGUAUUACUCUGGCUUCGGCUCUGCUGUCGCUAGCACUACAGCUAAACCCAAAGCCCGACUUGGCGAUGACAGGAGAGCUUACCCUCACAGGAAAGGUUCUGAAGGUGGGCGGCAUAAAGGAGAAGGUCAUCGCUGCUAAACGAGAAAACAUCCAGGAUGGUUUUGAUGUCCAUUUCGUAGAGGAUUACGAGCAAGUAUUUGAUAUAACUUUUAGUCAUUACAAAGAGGCCCCUUCACCACAGGCCCCUCUCCAGGGUACCCCGCUGGAAGCCCUUUCAGAGGGGAGCGCCAACGGGACCCCGCAUCAGACCAUUGAAGAGGAGACCCCCGGUGGGACCCCCCGUGCGGCCAUUGAAGAAGGGGCCCCUCGGGGGACCGCUGAGGGGGUUUCCCAGGGGGCCCCUUAG